GGUUAUUCCAAGUCAACGCAGAGCAAAGGGUAUUUUCAAUUCUCACUCCUCAGUUCAGUUUUUGGACGUUUUGGGUAAUCAAUAUUUGAUAACUAGAUAUCUCCAUAAAUACCCAUUUCCCAGAUUCUGAUCCAUCUGUAUUGUAUUUGAAGAGGAGGAGAUUUGAGGCUUAGCUCUCCCUUUUUUGGUCAAAAUGGCCAAUAAUAACACACAUGAGGAAGAAGAGCACACAGAUAUUGAGAGAUUUGAAAGAGAGGAUGUGGAAGAGAGAGGAGUAGGAGGAGAAGAACAAGAAGAUGUGAACAAAAUUGCACCUUGGACGAAACAGAUCACCAUUAGAGGACUAAUUGCAAGCUUAAUAAUUGGGAUUAUUUACAGUGUCAUAGUAAUGAAGCUCAACCUCACAACUGGUUUGGUCCCAAAUCUCAAUGUCUCAGCAGCUCUCUUGGCCUUUGUGCUCGUACGGACAUGGACUAAGCUGCUUCACAAGGCUGGGAUUGUGUCAAGUCCCUUCACAAGGCAGGAGAACACCAUAAUCCAGACUUGUGCUGUUGCUUGUUACAGUAUUGCUGUUGGAGGUGGGUUUGGGUCAUAUCUACUGGGGUUGAACAAGAAAACUUAUGAGCAAGCUGGAGUUGAUACUGAGGGGAAUACCCCAGGAAGCACCAAGGAGCCUGCAAUUGGUUGGAUGACUGGUUUCCUCUUUGUUAGUUGUUUUGUUGGGCUUCUAGCUUUGGUUCCUCUUAGAAAG